AUGAGUGACAAGGGAGGAGUUGGCGUGACAGUCAUAAGUCACGACAGUGAGAAUAGAACCCAUGUUGGUAAUAUCCCUGGAUGUGAAUGGAGUAACCCAGGAUGUUAUAGUAAAAAUGUGACUUACACUGGGGUUAGCGCUGCUCAGUUGGCAGCACUUACUCGAGUUUCACAGAACUGCGAACAGUUUAUCAAAUUUGAGUGCUACUAUCAGACAGCCUUUGUGUCGAAGAAGGUUGCCUGGUGGGUGUCACGUGAUGGAACGAAAAUGAACUACUGGGGAGGAGCUGGUGGAUCAGCCAACAUGUGCGCUAGCGGAGUAACAAACUCUUGCUCAAAUGGUCAAAAGUGUAAUUGUCACAACAGUGGUAGCAGAGGUUGGAAGAGGACAGCGGACUGUUGACAGAAAAGUCUGCACUACCUGUAUCACAAAUCAGAUUGGCGGACCUGGAUGACCCAGAUGAAGACGGAUAUCAUACAUUGGGAAAACUCAAGUGCUAUGGCCGGGCAUGAGAUAUCUGCCGAAUAUUUAACAAUCAUUCCUCGAGCCCGAAUGGGCUCUAAGUCAAUAGCCCAUGAGGCCGAAGGCCGAAUGGGCUAUUGACUUAGAGGCCAUAAUGGCGAGAAUAAAAAAAUUUUUAGCUAGUUAAAGCUAGACUUUAAUCCUUUUUUGCCGCCAAAAAGCCCGCGGUUUUCGCUACUAGUGGGCUAUAACAUAUAGCCUAGUAGUAGCUCAACCAAUCAGAACGCAGCAUUGAUAAUAGACCACUUGUUGGAUUUUACUAUACUAUAGAUACAUUGCUAUAUAAUUGCUUUCCAAGGAACGGUUUUUUGUGGCCGCAGAUUACGUCGGAAUGAGCAACGGGUAGGCUGAAUAAAUGAUCACUUCACUUAAAAAACCAGGAGCCUUUCAGAACUGACCGCAGUUUUCAACACAGCAGCGCCCAAAAUCUUUCAGUAAAUACUUGUUCAACAAAUAUUUAAUAUGUUAGUUACCGUUUGUAUGGGUAACUUUAGAAGGGCUAGCAGAAAAUUUACUGUAAACACUAGACAUGCUUCCUUCCUCUGAGUUUUUUUUUCUAAGGAACACCUAAGAAAGGAACAAAAAUUGUUUUACCUUGUGAAUACAAUUGAUGGAAAGGGAAAGUGAGGUGAAAUUGAUCACUCAAGUAUACGUACAAAGAGCGCGCACUAGUGCAUAUACAUGAAGAGUGCAUGUACAUGCAUGCAGCUCAGUCUGUUCCAAGCACGCCCUUCCCGCCCCCUCUUCCAGGGCGGUUUUCGGGCAUUCGUCAAGUCAUUUGUUCCCACGAUGGGGCGUUUGACAUCAAAGUUCAUCCAAGGGUGGGUAAUUUGCUAACUCUUUGGGAUACGACUGAAAUAAUCUGAUGAGAGGACACAGUUUUUGUCCUUUUUACAUUAUAUAUGAACGAUAAUUUUAGACGUCAGUAUACAAUGGCAUCACUGGCUGCCAUUGUCUGUCCAUUUAAAAGCUAACUGUAUGAUACGUGUGAUACUGAGUAAAGCCGGAUGACAGAGGUAGAGCUAGAAGACCCUACAGCUAGGGAAAGGCAUCCUUCUGUUCUCGAACAGUGGUGUGGGUUCUUUUACCUCCUCUUCGAGUUCACUGAUAAAGGAAGGACAAAGGAGAGAAGGCUAAUUGCUUGAUGCCAUCAGUCAUAAUGCAGUUCCUUUUGUUGUUUGUGUGGGCUUUCGAAUUUUAGCUUCUUUUUUGUUUUGGCUCUUCUUUUUCAACAAUGAGGCUAAAGUAAAACCAGUUACAGAAAGAAAGAAGAAAACUACUCAUUGAGGCCUACUCGUCCUCGGGCUCCCCUUAUUUAUUUAACGCGCACUAGGAAGCGAACUUUAGCGGUGACACUGGGGGAAAGCAACAGUAUUGUAAAUAAAUUGCAGUUCUAUUCUAGUCUCUUAUACCUGUGUGCAAUAAUAAUGAUGAUAAUAAUAAUAAUAAUAAUAAUAAUAGUAAUAAUAAUAGGUUUAUUCAGUAUAGCUCUCAUAUUCUGAUCUCAAGUCGCUUUACAAUUUAAAAAGGGAAAAAAAGGAAAUGAUUUACAUAUCUCGAGCAUGAAAUAUAACGUUUUAAAAUCUAUCAAUAAUUCACAAUUAAAAGGGAAAUUAAACAAAAAUUGACAAUUAAAUUAAUUUGCUAUUAACAUUUAUAUAUAAUAUAAUCCUAUCAGAUCAGUAUCGAUAUAUGCAUGAUACAUGUACAGGCAUUAAAUUAACAUCGUUUUACAAAAACAUUGAGCUACUCUCUAAAAAUUGCUUAAAUGAUACGUUUGCAGUCCUUAAAACUAGUUAAAGAUUGUGACUUGCCCAAAUCGAAUUAUGGUGUAGUGAGUAUCACAGUUUAGGGGCACACACUGAUAAAGUUUCAGUGGUGAGAGAUCUAGGCUGUUCUAGCAGCUACUGAGAUGCGGACAUCAAGUUCCUUGAGUGCGUAAGUCUCUAAACCUGACAUUUUUUUGUUCUUGUCCAGUUUUCCUCUUCCUUGUACCUCAUUGCCUUGACUGAGGUACAUCGGAUGGUAUUGGAGUGAUAGAAAAGCUUUCGACAGUCUGAAAAAAAGUAUAAUUAUUGCUUUUGAACUGCAAAAAGAUCAAAACAUAGUAUCUAAGAUCUUAAAGUGAAGUUUCUUAGAAACUACUUAGUUUAUUAAAAGAUCCAGUUACAAUUAAAAAUCGGCUUUGUAAUCAUUGAUCGGAGAACAAAUUACAACUGAUCUCCACCGGUUAGUUAAUCUCAGCGAUAGUUUACGCCAUUGCCGUCUGUUUCGUGACAUUGAUCAACUCGUUCACUUAGAGAUCGAGGUUCAUGAUCAUCGAAAAUGUUUCAAUUCUUGGGUCAACAACGAAAAAGAGAAAAAAAUAUUUCCAACGGCAACGCCAUGCGAAUAAUCAUGAAGCCAUUCCUUCCGUGUUAAAGAAAAUUUUAAGAGUUUUAACUCUUAAAGUGUUUUGUUUAAACUUUCAAUUUAAGUAACUUAGUGGAACAUAAUUUAAGUUGAACCGUCGUUAUUUAAUUUGUACACGCAGGGGAACAUUUAAUUAAUAUAGGUGAUUUAAUAUCAUUAUGGUUGAUAACUGACAUUCUAGCUUAUCGAUCGGUUUCAGUUUUCUGGAAUCGAAAAGACUUCCCUUUCGCCUGAAGGGCCGAAAGCUAAAAAUUAAGGUUUAAAGAGAUGGUUAAUUUCAUUUCUUUGGGAGGGGGCGGGGUGUGCGGGACCUAUAUAGCAAAACACACCUUUUUCGGGUUCUAAGAUUAAAGAUGUCAAAUAUACACCUUCUAUAUUUGCUGUAGUUCUCUCUAGCCUUCAUGCUAUGCAGGCUUUAGAGUAUCACUGUAUAAUCAGAGUACAGCAAAACCUACAUUGAACAGACACGCUUUCUUCCCAUAAUUUUCAAAAAUAUACUCACGUACCUUUAGCAUUCAAGAAAGAUUUUUAAAGGGUGAUCACUUAAUACAGAUUUCACGAUACUAAACAAAUGAAGUAGAUACUGAAUCAAGAAUUAAACUGAUGCACAACGUAAAAGUCAUUUGCAACCAGCCUAGGACCCGAAGGACAUUCCCUAUUCUCCAAGACGGCGAACAUCACCUGAUCCGUGAGGAAAAACAAAAAUGGAGUCCAGAGACUUGCGUAUUACGAGUUAGCGUUUUAACGUCUUACUCGUCUUGAAGGGAUUGCCUAUUUAUUUUGAGCCGGCAUUGUCGGUAAUGGUGCUAAUGUGAAAAAUUUAGCCUGUGUACUUAUGAGACCAGGAAAGCCGGUAAGCUACAUGUAAAACGAAAUUUCAGUCAACGUUCAUGAGAGUAACAAAUUCUCUCUCAAUUGGAGAAAAACACAUCCCCCACCAAUUGAAAGUAAUUUGAUUAAAGGCAGUCAAGCCACCCAGGUGGAACAACAGCAGUAGCUAAGCAUUCAGAGUGAUCUCACUCUACUCGGAAGACGGCCUGUAGUGACCCUAAAUAUAUAGGGCGUUUCAAAAGUUCGUUCCGAUUGAAAAAUGCAUUUUGUAGAAUUUAAUGCUUCUACUGUAUAAGCAAAUUUAAACUUACUCGGUUAAUAAAUCUAUAGUAUAUACUGAAACAGUGGAUAGUGUUUCCGAGCGCUCUGAUUGGAAUAUCCUGCGCUAUUCACUGAUUCACCUCCAGUUCCUCCUAGCGAGCGACGCCAAACUCACGUAGGUUGCGAGCAAAACGCUUUCCCGGUUUGCUGCCGUAACAAACUAAGAAAUUUCACAACUAAUCAAGCAAGCUAUUUCCGAAAUACAUGAAGAAGGUGACGAAGUUCGGUUUGGAAGUUUUAACAGGUAAAGCUUUGUCUUUUUGACUUGAAUAGUCAUCGAUAAAACCGGUGAAAAAGUUUUUUGUUUACAAAUGCAAAUUAAGCUUAAGUCUUGCGUUACUUUAUUUAGUUGACUUGUUCAUGAUUGAAUAAGCUUAAAACUAAAUUUAAUAAUAUUUUUUACAGAAUUAUUUUAAAUACAAACAGAAUUCACAACUCCUUUUAAAGAAACUUCCCCGCAAGAGCUAAACAAACGCCUUCAAAAGUUUUAUUUGUCGUUAAGAAAAAGCGACGACCGCGGCCGUGUCGGUGGCUAGUAGUGGAUAUAUAUUUUAAUCACCGCUUCGCGGCCUCGGCAAAUAUGCCGGUACUAGCCACCUUCACUUCGGUUAAUAAUUGUUAUCUAGAAAACUGUUCAAAGAAAUUUCAAACUAAAUUUGAAGAAAUUGUACCCGCCACUCGGAAAAUGUUACAAAAAAUAAAGGAGGCCAUCCUGGUUACUAAUAUUUCUUUCUUUCUUUCUUUUUUUCAAUAUAAAAUGAAUAAGGAAUAACAUACAGUGAAACCUCCAUUAAGCGGACACCUUCAGGAUCUACCCAAAUGUCCACUUAAUAGAGGGUGUCCGCUAAAUGGAGGUUUUAAAAAUUGCGCAAUGUUUGUUAACGAUUAACAUUCAACGGUUACUCUGUACUGAGAUAAUGUUUCAUGUUGUUAAGGAAGCUAAGGAAGCUGUGCUGCACUUUUUGCAAGACUUAAAUUAAGGUGAACUUUGAUCACGGAUGACAAUCAUACGGCCGGAUAUCGGUCUCAUUUACAGUUUUUUGACAGCUAAAUGUAUUGAUUUAUCUUUAAUAAUCGACUACAGUACACCGUAAUUUUUAGGGAGGUAUCAUAACUCCAAAAAUGGAGUAAGAAGUUUAGGUACAGGAUAACCCCUUUUUGUGGGUUACUUUAACUCCUAAUUUAACUCCGAAUUUGGGGUUACUCCUGAAAAAGAGUUCUUUUUACUCCCAGUCUGGAGUUAAAAUAACUCCGAAAUGGGGUUAUUUUUACUCCUUACAGGGGUGGUUUUUAUUCUUUUUGGAGUUAAUUUUACUCUGAAAGUGAAGUAAAAAUUUUAGGUACAGGAUAACUCCUUUUUUGGAGUUAUUUUAACUCGUCAAUAUCUUGGGUGACUUUUACUCCUGAAAAAGAGUUCUUUAAACUCCUUUUUGGAGUUAAAAUAACUCCCCGCAAAAUAACUCCACUGUAAGGAGUUGAAUUAGCCCCACUAGAGGAGUUAUUAUAACUCCUUGAAAAUGACUGUGUAUGUAUUUCAAGGACAUAAUCCAAUACUGCUAUUGUCAAUUCAGUCCGGUGUCCACUUAAUAGAGGCUUCUAACACUUUCUACUUAUGUAUCUACCUAAUCAAUCUUUAAAUAAGUCAUACUUUGAAAAUGAAUUGACCCAUUUUUCACCUACAGUACAAACAUUCUGGUACGUUUGCUAACCGAAAAUAUGGAGAACGGUCUUACCCCAAAAAAUCCGAAAAUGUGCGACCCCAUUCUAGUAACUCUAUUGAAAAUGCCACCCCAUUAUUGGCAAUCCAGUGGUGAAAAUGCGACCCCAGCGACCCCAUGCAGCCGCACAUCCCCAUUAGCCUCUUACAUGGAAGUACCCCCCUCCGGGACUUGUGACAGGUACUGAUGACUUUAACUUGCAGGGAAGUUAACUCGUUUCUUUUAUCUAGAUAAAUUUUAGGAUUUUUAUGGUAUUUUCAUUUAUUAUUUUUUUAUUUAUUGUAUAUAUUUUCAUCUGUUGUAUAUUUCACACAUUGUAAAUUUUUCUACCUCUAGUUAAUUUAAUCUAUAUACUUAUAACAGACAAAGCUACUUUGUGGAAAUUAAGUGCUGUGAUAUAAAAUUAACCGUUAUUUAAUAUCUGACGAGUGAUGAAUACGGUCUUUGGGUUCAUUGGAUGCGCUAGAGUUUAGCAUGUUUACCAAAAAGGGCCUGGAAGACAGCCAGCAUUGAAAGGCGGAAACAGGGUCAGAGAGAAAAUCCCCACGCGAGUCGUCCUAAAACAACAUCCUUUUGAGCUACGACAGUCGCACUUGUAUUUGCUUAGGUUAUUAGUGAGUUUGUUACAACUGUCUAGUUGCAGAUUGCUCGCUGGUUUUAGCCCUUUAAGCACUACAUUCUUAAAAAAAUUGUUGUAUAAUGGAGCCAUCAAAAAAGGGUCCCGUCUCCAACACUCUGGUGUUUUCAUUAAUAGCUUUAUCCUUUGCUCUUUGUUUCGUGGCUCUGGUCCACGUCGAGAUCGAGCUUCACGCUCAUCGAAAAAUGCUUCAAGUCUUGACUCAUCAGAGAGAAGAAAAUGUCCACUCACUAGGUACUGUGAACGAUAAACUGAUUGCUUCUGUAUUGCUUAGUGAGCCUAGUAAAGGUGAGUGUUUUCAGUAGUGUCUUGUUUUUAUUCAUUUGGGAAUUUUCGAGACGGUUCGAGAACUCAAUUUCUGAUUGCAUUAUAUGUAUUGCGACUGAGGUCGUUCGUCAGAGAAUCAAACAUUCUACCAACAUGCACAAUAAAAUCAUUAACACAGUUUUACUGGUUGCGGUAGAGAACUCAAAAGUUAAAUGCUCUUUCAUAAUAUUUAGGGGCGACUACACCUAGAGUAUUGGUUUCGGUUAUUGUGGCGUACGUGAUAUCAAAGUCUUCCGGCUUGGCUCAACAUCAAAAUCCUCAUGCAUGGUUUUAAAUGUUAUUUGUGAUAAGUAUUAAUAUUUUCCUGCAGUACAGGAUUCCUCGGGGAGAGGGGGUGCGCAGUUCAUUUAGUAUGUUAGAUGAGUAUCAUGCCUUACUCUGUAGGUGAAAGGAGAUUUUAAAGCACAAGGCUGGAAGGGAGUCUACUGUUUGCUCUGUAGUGUGGACUUCAGUGCCAAAAAGCAGGAAGGGGAGGGAGGGAGGGAGAGGGGGAAGGAAAAACAAAGAAAUGAAGAAGCCUCUGAGUCCCCUUCCCGUCUAUCCCUUAGCUCUAGCUCUUUUGCCAAGAGGGCAGUUUCUCACUUUCGAAAACUUGAUCAAAGACUAUUCACCACUUUUUGAUAACCAACAGUCGCCGAAAUGAUUUAUUCAGAUGUUUUAAAAAUAUUUUUGUUGAGAAACAAAACAAGUGAUGGAAUCCGAAUCAAGAAUGAUAAUAUAUCACAACAAUUCGUUAAGAAACAGGAACCAGAGAGACCGAACGACAGCGUCUAAAUUCCUCUCAGAUUGGUUUUGAAUAGAGUAUAGCUGGCUGCUUUUAGAGUCUAAUUCAGAAGGAUGAUUGUAAUUUUGUAACGGCUCUAUUGGAUAUGGUGCUACUAUAGAAACUUUAGUGUGUAAGACGGUGAGGACAAGGUGGACAAAGGUGGAGUUAAAGUUAACACAAAUCUUUUCUUCUGUUGCAGAUACACAUAGUCGUCAAAAACGGUACUCAGAAAAUAGAAAUAAAUCUAACGUCAGCGUUACCAUUACUCAUGAGGACUUCAAUAGGGAAGUUCAGCUGGCCUUGAAUAGAUUGCUCUGCAAGGCGCAUUACCCGAGGGGGGUUAGAGGAAAAAGAGGCAGGCCUGGUCCCCCAGGCAAACACGGACCAGCUGGACCCCAGGGAAUACAGGGGCCUAAAGGUGCUCAAGGAGAUCAGGGGCCUGCUGGACCUGAAGGCGAUCAAGGCCCUCCAGGACCCAAGAGCGAUCCUGGUGAAUCCAUCACAGCACCUUCUAUUGUGUCACCUCCGGUGUCCAUCGUGGUCAACGAAACCGGUAUAGCGUCACUGUAG